AUGGCUCGCAUAUCAGAAGCAAAAAUCCAAGCCAGCCAAAUUGCUCGGUUGAAGGCUCAUAGGCAACUUGAAAUUGAAGACGAUACCGAGAAACAGGUUGUGGUUGAGAAAUACGUCCGAGAUGUCUAUGAGUCCCGGCCGAGCUGGAAUUUCCAAUCUUCAAUAGAUAGACAAGAUUUAAAAGAGCGUCCAUGCAAUACUUUUGACUACAUGCCCAAGAGUAUCCAGGCUUUUGGUGAGGACUUUAUCGAAGAUCAAUUAUACGAGCUGCUCAAGGCAAUGCGAAACAUGUGGCUUGAUGAGGGGCCUCGGAAGAAACAGCAAUCGUCGAAGAAAUCAUCAAAUAGAUCGCCGAACUCGAAGAAGAAGCCACAUCUUGAGUCUGAGCGCAAGCCCAAGUCUAAAGUAGAACAGAAGCCAAAGAUUCAGGACACGAAGGAUAAAUCAGUGUGUUCAAAAAGAUUUAAACUCGAGCGCAAGAAGGCACAGGGGUUCUCCGAGCUCGUGCGUGAGCCCGCGCUGCCAUCAGAUUCAGAUUCAAACCCGCUCUCAGACUCAGACCAGUCUGAUUACGACGGUCCACAUUACCAAAAGUCCAAGGACGAUGACGAGGUCUACGGUGACGAAGACCAGCUUGAAAACGACACUAAUGAAGGACAGGGGCCUGAGCCUAUUACAAAUAAGGCACACCCCUAUUCUGUGCUGCCUAAACUUGUCCCAGUAACUCAUUCCAAUGGAAAGCAAACCCCGAUGCAACCGCAGCAUUUUGAGACGCCCGAUUAUGACUACGAGGCGCCUCCUCCCCAGUCACUCAGGAAUGGGAAGAUGGCAAGGAAAGCUGGGCCGAUGAAGGUUGUCCAGCCCGUCGAGUCCUCCGAUGAGGAAACCCUGGCCAGAGACAUUCACGAUGAUGAAAUUCGUACUGCGCCAGCCAGGAAACAGAAGAUGUCUCGGGAUGACCAGGAUGACGAUGCGCCCCUAGUCGAGGUCCUUAGGAUACAAAGCGCACUCGUGCGCACUCGUGCGCACGCCGUCCUACCCCCGAGGAGUGUUGAGUGGGCACCCUCAACUUCGUCUUCGGAGAUAUCAGGGUCAGCAAGGGGCACGAAGCGGGCUUCGACGGACAGCCAUGGAUCUUCAGCGAAGAAAUCCCGCCUGGACGAUCCUCACCCGCGAGUCCCACAAGAGCGACGCGAGGAUUUCAAGGCGAUUGCAGAGAAUUAUGAGCAGGAGCUGAGAGAAUCUGCGAUGGAUGACACAAAACGCGAGAACUCGAUAGCUUCGAGCGAGGAAGACGAGGAAGAAAACAUCGAAGAAAUCGACGAUUUCGAUUCCGAUUCCGCUGAAUCCUCUGAGGACGAAACCCUAAAGGUGACAAUCUUUAACAAUGCGGCUUCUAAGGGAGGCUUUACAGUGAAACGCGGUCCUAUGAACGAGAAGAAGCAAGAAUCUGACGAUCUCGGUUCCACCGAAUCCUCCAAGGACGAGGCUACAAAGGCGAAGGUCUUGAAGAGGGCCACGAGAGGCUUUACUAUGAAGUGCGCUCCUAUGAAGCGCGGCCCUCUGAAACGUAGGAAGCAAGAGUGUGAAGACUAUGAAGAUUCCGAUUCCGAUUGUUCCUCCGAGGAUGAAGCCCCAAAAGCAAAGAUCGCCAAGGAGGCUCUUAAAAAGGGCGAUGAGCAAGAGACUGACGCAUCUUUUGUCCCUCAAGGAACUGAAUUAGAGUUCCCGGUGGAGGCUCCAAGGUAG